UUGUCAGUGAUCUGAUUCACAGCUCUUAGUCUAUAGAAAGCCAAAUCGGCUCAAAUCAAAUACAGGUAUACAACAUGUCGACGUAUUCUACUUUGAACACUUUCUUGACUGCCGAGACUUACUCGAUCAGGAAAGCAUAGUCACAUGUGUGUGUGGCGCCUCAUCUAUGUUUUCCCUCAGCAGCUUAGUCUCCUCCCCACUCUCCUCCGUACACUUCAGUCGGUCCUCCAUAGCGCGCUCCUUCCAGAUCAUCGCAAGCGGUGUGCCCUCGCCAACGCGCAUGCAGCUACCAUGAAACCACUCGCAUCCCCCCAGCCUCACCACCAACACAGAAACACAGUCACACUUCGAACUUGACUCAACACUCAGACCCCACCGCACUGACUUCCCAAAAACAUAUCACCAACCGUGCCCACACAUGCCUCCUCCAAGUCUCCCGUUUCAACCUCCUGCCACCCCUGCCAGGCCCAUGUGAUGAAACGGGACGCCCUCAUGCAGCACAUGAGCCAGAAAAUCUCCUAGGCUGUAGCUGCAGACCCACUUACCUGCAUGCAGUCAGGCAGGACGGACUGGGGAGGUAGUGAGGUUAAUUUAUCAAGCUCAUCACGCG